AGCCCCGCCGUCCUAGCGCCGCGCCCUGGUGCCCUGGUUGUCCUCCCGGGCCUGCCCCGUGGCGCUCUGGCCCGCGGCCUCUGACGCCGCUGCCCUGUCUGUCCCGCGCCUCGCCGCCCACCCUCGGGCACCUCGGGGACCCAGUUCUGCACUUCCGGGUUGGCCCGCGCCUGUCUGUCAUCCCGGGGCGGCGCGGUGCUGUGCUGGGCGCGGCCCUUUAAACUUUCUGUUUUUAAACUUGGGGGUGUGGUCGCGGCUCCACCUCUCCUCUCUGCUGGCUGUCCCGACCCUCGGGUCCCUCUGUCCCCGCCCUCCAGAUGCCCCAGCGUUAUGAGCCGCCCGGGCGCAGGGUCCGCUCUGGUGGCCGAGGUGAUCCAAGAUCGCCUUUGUUUUGCCAUUCUCUACAGCAGACCAAAGAGUGCAUCAAAUGAACAUUAUUUCAGCAUAGAUAAUGAACUUGAAUAUGAGAACUUCUACGCAGAUUUCGGACCACUCAAUCUGGCAAUGGUUUACAGAUAUUGUUGCAAGAUAAAUAAGAAACUCAAGUCCAUUACAAUGAUAAGGAAGAAAAUUAUUCAUUUUACUGGCUCUGAUCAGAGAAAACAAGCUAAUGCUGCUUUCCUUGUUGGAUGUUAUAUGGUUAUAUAUUUGGGGAGAACUCCUGAAGAUGCCUAUAGAAUAUUAAUCUUUGGCGAUACAUCCUAUAUCCCUUUCAGAGAUGCUGCCUACGGAAGCUGCAAUUUCUACAUUACUCUUCUCGACUGUUUUCACGCGGUGAAGAAGGCAAUGCAGUAUGGCUUCUUAAAUUUCAACACAUUUGACCUUGAGGAGUACGAACACUACGAAAGAGCAGAAAAUGGAGAUUUAAACUGGAUAAUACCAGACCGCUUCGUUGCCUUCUGUGGACCUCACGCAAGAUCCAGACUUGAAAGUGGUUAUCACCAACAUUCUCCUGAGACUUACAUUCCAUAUUUUAAGACUCACAAUGUCACUACCAUUAUUCGUCUGAAUAAAAGGAUGUAUGAUGCCAAGCGCUUCACGGAUGCUGGGUUUGAUCACCACGAUCUUUUCUUUGCGGACGGCAGCACCCCGACCGAUGCCAUUGUCAAAGAGUUUCUGGAUAUUUGUGAGAAUGCCGAGGGUGCCAUUGCCGUGCACUGUAAAGCCGGCCUCGGUCGCACAGGCACUCUGAUAGCCUGCUACAUCAUGAAGCACUACAGGAUGACAGCCGCCGAGACCAUCGCCUGGGUCCGCAUCUGUAGACCCGGCUCUGUGAUUGGGCCCCAGCAGCAGUUCUUGGUCAUGAAACAAGCCAGCCUCUGGAUAGAAGGGGACUACUUUCGGCAAAAGUUAAGGGGGCAGGAGAACGGAGCACAUCGGACAGCGGCUGCCUUCUCCAGACUCCUCUCGGGUGUUGAUGACAUUUCAAUAAAUGGUGUGGAGAAUCGGGACAAGCAGGAACCUGAACCGUACAGCGAUGACGAGGAAAUCAGUGGAGUGACACAAGGUGACAGACUCCGGGCUCUGAAAAGCAGAAGACAAUCAAAAACUAACACUAUCCCGCUCACAGUAAUUCUCCAGUCCAGUGUUCAGAGCUGUAGAACACCUGAACCUGACAUUUCUGGCAGUGCAGGCAUUACUAAAAGAACCACCCGAUCUGCUGCGAGGAAAGGCAGUUUUAAAAGAAUUGAGCCCUUUUCCGCUCGGCCCUCCUCCUCUCUGUCUGUACUUUGUCAUUGUGGGGUGCUGUCCCUUCCAAAGCGUCUGUCAUUCAAACGCACCUGAAGCCUGCUCUCCUCCGCAUGUCGAUCCUUUCAUUGCGCUGCCCCCCUCGUCCUUGGUGACUGCCUCUGGGACACUUAAAACCUCACGGUAAAACCCUUUUCUUCUUCUUUGUUCUUCUUUCUCCCCAGUCCCUCUCUGUCAAGGACUAAAACAGUCUUGCGUUAAGUUAAAAACCCGUGACCAGAAGUGCCGGAGACUCUGGGAACACAAAACUCCAACAAGACGUAGCACAAUUUCUUUGAGAACAAAAGAAACUGCAGACGCCUUAGCCGCUUUCCACCCAAGAAGCUCGUUCAGAGAAGGAAAGACCCACCGGCGUCUGGUGCCACUGAGCCCGGGGUGCGGGCGGCGGCGCCAAGGGCCCGGCUCUCCCUUCUCUAGCAUUGUCUCGAGUUAAACCACAGAACACUGUUGUAACCCCAGCUCAGGUGUCAGUCGCCGCCUCUGCCGUCCAGAGAGCUGCCCGGUGUGUGUGGCCUGUGUCCCCAUGACCACAGUCCCCUUGGCUGCUGGCCUUCAGGAGAGCGGAGCAUCUGAGGGUGCACCUUAAUGCCUUGGUCUUCUCCUGCCCCGCGGCCCCGCAGGCGCCUGCGUGGUCCUUUCCACACGGGAUGCUGUUCAGUUCCCUGUCCUCCCUUUCCCUUUGACAUACUGUUGUGACGUUCCCUCUGUGAAGUACCCAAGCUGCUUGUCUUCCACCAAAGAGUGCUUUAUUACUAGAACCUGUGAAAGCCACACCUGCACACUGUCGCACGCUGUCCCACCCCGAGGUACUUGGGCCACCUCAGGCUUGCCAGAGAAUUGGAAUGGAAGCUUUAGUCGGCUCAGGAGGAGAAGCUGGUUUCCGAGUUGGAAGGCGAUGGUGGGUCCUUCCUUUCUGAUAUCAUUUAGGGACUGAAGAAGUGGAAGGCUCUGCGCUCCUGUAUGGCCCAGCCAGGCAGUAAAGUAGUGUUUUCCUCUAGACAUGAAGAAACAAUCCCACACGCACGCACAUGCACACACAUGCACAUGCACACGCACAUGCACACAUAGUGGGGCUUUGUCCCAGGAAACAGCCAUCUCACAUUGUGGUGGCUUUAAAAAGAAAACUGUCAACAGGUUUUCAGAGUCUUUCUGAACCGCGUGGGCUUUCCUCCUCAGCCAUUGGGCCGAGACUACCCCCUGGCUGACAGGCGUUGCUUGGGGCUUCAGUAGUUGGCAGUGAGCCCCUACCGAUGCCUCUGGUCAGGGAGUCCAACAGUAACUGUGCCUUGUCCCCUCACCUCCUGGAGCACCACCGCUGGUGGCUGUGACCACAGCAGUCACGCAGUUUAUCUGCUGCUUAAAAAAACAGGGCCCGUGAUUCAAGAACAUUUUGCAAGCACCUUCCCUGAGGAGCAAGCGCUUUUCCUCCGUGGUGGCCACGCUUUCCUGGCUAGUCUGGAGAGGGCGCUGUUGGAAGGCGGCUCCGGGCACCACCUUCCUCCAAAGACCAGAUGAAUGUAUGGGGGCGGGAUCCCACAGAGCGGCCUUGCCCAUGAGUGGGACGUGGGACAGGAUGAAGUCAUCGAGAGGUGGCCGUGCCUGUUGCAGGAUUUCUGCCUUAGAGAGCAGCGUGGCCUGGACAGGCACUGAGGGCAAAGGCAGGGUGCCAGGAUUUCCACACCCAGUCCUGUCAGGCCAGCUUCUAAACCUUAGGGACUAGUCACAGGAAAGCAGUGGCUUUCUGUGCCUGGAGGCAGAUAGGCCCAGGAGCUGGCUGGGAGGAGGAGCAUCUGUGGGCUGAGGCCAGGCUGAGUACGCCAGGAGUGGGCUGCAGUGUCUCAGGGACACCUUGCCAGAGCCACCUCCUCCCCAACUAGCCACAUGCCCAUCUGAAUCGGGCUCUCUCCUGCACCAGAAUGAGCAUGCGUCUACCCACAUGCUCCUACCAAGCUGGCCCCUCGUGUGGGCAAGCCAGCUGGGUUUGGGCCAAAGCCUUUGGUGACCACAGUGCUUUCCUCUAAGUCGCCUUCUCGUGUCGGCCUCGCAGCUCUCCAGCUAAAAUCGCUAUCACUGUGGCUCUUGCCAAACAUCCCUGUGUCACUAGCUCACUGAAAUGAGUCUGAGGCUGCUUUGGAAGACACGUUCCUUGGGGUGUCCAGAGAAGCAGGGCCAGGGCCCAAGAAGGAGCUCACAGAAACAUCACUAAGCUUACGGGGACACGGGUAGGAUCCAGAAGUCUCUGGGUCUGACACUCAAAAGUUUUUCCUGCUGUGAAUAAGAGCAGACCCCAUCCCACCCGAAACCACAAAACACCCGCAUCUUCUGGGCCUCCAGCUUGGGGGUCCUGCUGAAGACCCUGUGGCUGUGGAAGAUGAGGCAGUGCUCGUCAGGCUGAGCAACGAGCCAGCCUUAAAUAGCUUUGAAGCACACCAAGCCCGCUUCCAGGGAAAGUAAAAUCAGAAACAAAUAUUUAUAGGUCCCUUGACUCAGAUCAUCAAGAGUCGGGGAAAGACCCUGGGAGCAGUGUCUACACAACUGGGCUCCUGGAAGUGUGGACAGACCCAUGGAAUGCCAAGACAGACUCGAACCCUGCUCCCUGCAGGGGACAGAGUCCUGGUGAGCCGUGCCUCGUUCAAAGGUGGCCUUACUUGCCCAGCGUGGCAGCUUUACUUGUCUCGAGACUUUUCUGGUUAUGAGCUUGAGCCUUUCACUCCCCCCAUCUGCCCCACCCACCCGUUGCCUCCUCCCGGGGUGGUUUCUACCUCUUGGCUCAGGCCCAGACUCGUCUCCUGAGGCCUUCCCAGUGUCCCCCUGAGGCCCUGGUGCCUGCCCUGGGGCACAGUGUGGGCCUGCAGGCCACGGGGGCUGCGGGUGCUCCGGGUGCCCUGUGCCAGGAGUUCUGGAGCCUUCUCCCCGCUGUCGAGUGGCCCUCUGUGAUAGGUGAGCAGCGUGCUUACCUGAAGUGUUCUAGAAGGACCCAGCUGCUGCUCUCUCUCCCUGUUCUCUUCCCUUAGUGCAUUUAAAAAGCAAUGCUCAUCAAACUUCCACCUUAAAAACAUGGGAUUUUCCGAAUCGUUCUUAGCAACUGAGAUGUCCUGGUGAGGCCCUCGCUGCUCCUCCAUUUCCCCCCGCCUCUACGUGGAAAUACUAGGGACGUGUCUAAAAGACUGGACAUUCGCCCAUACUGUGUAGGACGUUACCUCCUUAUCACCCGUAGAGAGUACUGCAGAUUUAUAUUAAUUAUUUGCAGACUUUUAUCUAAUGUGCACUCAUGUACAGAUUAUUAAAAGUUUUAAAAUGUAACUGAUUAAUCAGUAUUUGAGCAAUCAUUGUUUUGAUUUUUUUUAUUAAAAUGUAUAUUUCUAAUCAUAUUUUUUAAAGCUGAGAGAACUGGUUGAAUGUGUAUUUUCCUGACGGUAUUUUUAAGAUACAGCUUCAUAAUGGCCUGUAAACUUUGCAUAUAUAUGUGCUUUGAUACAUACUGUUGCAUUUGAAAAUCUUGUGUAUUGGAACUGGUUUUAUACGAAACACUGAAUAGUGGAAAUUGUACAAUUACAAUCGUGUAAUUAAAAGUAUUAACCAAAGAGG